GUUCCCGUUCCCACAAUGCUGUGCGGCUGAGCGCCUCCGAGCCCGCGGGGACGCUGCGGGGGGACCCCGGCUGGGGCGGCGGCGGCGGGGACGUGGGCUGCGGCAGGCCCGCGGCGUCGGGCGGUGCGGAUGUCGGGCUGGGCGGACGAGCGCGGCGGCGAGGGCGACGGACGCAUCUACGUGGGGAACCUUCCGACCAACGUGCGCGAGAAGGACCUGGAGGACCUCUUCUACAAGUACGGCCGCAUCCGUGACAUCGAGCUCAAGAACCGGCACGGCCUCGUGCCCUUCGCCUUCGUGCGCUUCGAGGACCCGCGAGAUGCUGAGGAUGCAAUUUAUGGAAGGAACGGUUAUGAUUAUGGCCAGUGCCGGCUUCGUGUGGAGUUCCCCAGGACUUACGGAGGUCGGGGUGGGUGGCCCCGUGGUGGGAGGAAUGGGCCUCCUACAAGAAGAUCUGAUUUCCGAGUUCUUGUUUCAGGACUUCCUCCAUCAGGCAGCUGGCAGGACCUGAAAGAUCAUAUGCGAGAAGCUGGGGAUGUCUGUUACGCAGAUGUGCAGAAAGAUGGAAUGGGGAUGGUUGAAUAUCUCAGAAAAGAAGACAUGGAAUAUGCCCUGCGUAAACUGGAUGACACCAAAUUCCGCUCUCAUGAGGGGGAAACUUCCUACAUACGCGUUUAUCCAGAGAGAAGCACCAGCUAUGGCUACUCACGGUCUCGGUCUGGGUCAAGGGGCCGUGACUCUCCAUACCAAAGCAGGGGUUCCCCACACUACUUUUCUCCUUUCAGACCCUACUGAGACAGGUGAUGGGGAUUUUUUCUUUAUUUUUUAGGUGAACUGAGCUGCUUUGUGCUCAGAAUCUACAUUCCAGAUUGAUGAUUCAGUGUCUUAGGAAAUUUUUUUAAUUUUUUUUUUUUAAGGAAAUAAAACUACAUAAUUUCUACCAGG